CCCGUAACAGGUACUAGCGAGUUUUUGUGUUUCAGAGGAUAAUGGUGUUAUUUCUGUUUAUCAUGCCAAUUAUGGACGACGAGAUCUUGGAACCUGACCUCAAAAAUGACCAACUUUCCUCAGACUGCCAGUGUGUGCUCCAGGCCAGCACGGGCUGCUCCUUCCAACCCCUGGUUAUCCGAGGUUCUUCGUGAACAUCGGACUACACUCAGAGCGGCAGAGAGAAACCGGCGCAAAUCAAACGAUCUGUCGGACCUCAGUAGGUACCAGUCUUUGCUCACAUCCUUCUCUGCUAAAGUCCACACUGCCAAAUCCUCACAUUUCCACAACAAGAUCGACAGCGCUCCAGACAUGCGUAAUCUCUUCAGAACAUUUAAUUCCCUCCUCUGUCCCCCUCCACCUCCUCCCACCACUUCUAUUAUAGCUGACUUUUUUUUACAGACAAAACUAGAUCGAUCAGUGAUCAGUUUUCACCUCCACGCACACAGGACCCUCAACCUACCACAUCCACUGCUAAAACUCCCAUCUUCUCUUUCUGUCCCCUCACUGAGGCUGAAGUAUCCAAGCUUCUCCUCUCCAACCAUCCUACAACAUGUCCUCUUGACCCAAUCCCCUCACACCUUCUCCAAGCAAUCUCACCCACACUCUUACCGGCACUUACACACAUCAUCAACACAUCCCUCCUCACAGGCAUCUUCCCCACGGCGUUCAAGCAGGCUCGGGUAACACCACUGCUCAAAAAACCUACAUUAAACACUUCUCUUAUAGAAAACUACAGACCUGUCUCUCUCCUUCCGUUCAUAGCGAAAACACUUGAACGAGUUGUCUUCAACCAGGUCUCACUGUUUCUUUCACAGAACGACAAACUGGACGCUAAACAGUCAGGUUUCAGGAGUGGCUACUCAACCAAGACUGCGCUACUCUUUGUCACUGAAGCCCUGCGAAUUGCAAAAGCCCAUUCCAAAUCAUCAGUCCUCAUUCUGCUGGAUCUAUCUGCUGCUUUUGACACUGUCAAUCAUCAGAUACUCCUCUCCACCCUCU